AAAAAAAACAAGAAGAAGAGUCCGUCACAAGGCAAACAUGGCGGACUAUCGAGAAGCGCCCUUGGCCACUCGGCCAAAAACACUGGACCCAAAUGAAUAUUUCAACCUGUCUCCGGAGCAGCGGCGUGUCGAGGAGGAGAGGGCGGCUCUGCGGGCCAACCUGAAGAGGCAGUACCAGCUGCAGCUCAACAACCCGCACAGGAAGGAGCUGAUCGAGGACCCUGCCCUGACGCGCUGGGUAUACGCACGCACCAACCCCUACUUCCACUUCAGGGCCACAAACAAGACGUCUCUGUUUGGUGCACUGUUUGGAGUUGUGCCACUGGUUGUCCUCUACUACACCUUCAAGACAGACAGGGAUAAGAAGGAAGAUCAGAUCAAGGCCGGGACCCUCGAGCGCAAGUUUAGUCUAUCAUCCUGAGCUCCCCUGUAAAGACCACCUAUAUGUUCUAUUGAUAAAGUCAGUGUCUGUAAUUAUUAUUGAGUGAAUAAAAUGAUGUCA